AUGGCGAUAAUGAAGCACGUCCCUACACUCUUCUUUUUGCUGUCCACUCUCCUCCUUUCCAUCUCCGUCGACUCUCUACCUCCUCCACUGUUUCCAGAUGAAGCUCUCCCUACUAAAUCCGGUUACCUUCCGGUCAAACCCGCCCCCGGCUCCUCCAUGUUCUACGCCUUCUACGAAGCCCAAAAGCCAACCACUCCUCUUCCCAACGACACUCCCCUCCUCGUCUGGCUCCAAGGUGGGCCAGGCUGCUCUUCAAUGAUCGGCAACUUCUACGAGCUCGGCCCUUGGCGCGUGCUUUCAAACGCCACCAAUCUCGAACCCAACCCUGGCGCCUGGAACCGCCUCUUCGGUCUACUUUUCUUGGAUAACCCCAUCGGAACCGGGUUCAGCAUCGCCGCUUCGAAACAAGACAUACCAAGAAAUCAAAAACAGGUGGCAGAGCACCUCUACGCAGCUCUAACGGAGUUCAUCGAGCAGAACCCGGGUUUUGAAAACCGGCCGGUUUACAUAACCGGCGAGAGCUACGCAGGAAAAUACGUUCCCGCCAUCGGAUACUACAUCCUUAAAGAAAAACCCAACGGGAAGGUGAAUCUAAUGGGCCUUGCCAUCGGAAACGGGCUAACCGACCCGGUGAUCCAGAUCCGGACCCACGCGGUCAACGCCUACUACUCAGGCUCAGAAAUGGCGCGAAGCAACGGAAGCUAG